AUCGUGUGAUUCCUAAACACGGGAAUGUAUUUUUCUUAUAAAUGAAACAUGCUUAUCCUUCAAAUUAUGCGGAGCCUAAUCUAAACUGUUUCGCAUUAGACAGACAGGUAAACGGUAAUAAUCAAUCGUCUUAUGAAAUAUAUGUUAAUGACCUUCAGACUUGUCUGACGACGAUCACAUAAUGAUUUUUACUUUGAAUUCUGAUUGGUUAGUUUGAUUUUUGAUUUUUUUUACUCUUGUUUAUGAUUUAUUUUCUGCAAUGAUAAGUAAAUGUAAUUCUUGGUUGAAAGUGAUAAUAAUGAUGUCGAUUCGUGAUGAAAAUUGCCUUUGAAGUCGAUUAGUUCUAAACACAAUUUCUUAAUCGUUCAAAAUUCCAUUUGGGGAACAGGAAUUAACACAAAUGAAGAUGGCGAUUUGAAACCUGUGUUGAAAUUAAGGCUGUUGAAGACUAUACACAUCAUAGUAACUUUAUCAUUACUUCACCACAAUUUUACAUCUGUUUUAGAUAAUUUGAAAGAUACUUUUAGAGUUCUCAGUCAUUCUCAGCUGCUGCUACCUUGAUGUAGUAGUCGAUUUUGCAAAUCGUGAUAACCCAACGAACUUCACUGGUUGGAACUAAUGUUCCUGCAAGUUCAACCAUUUCAGAAAAGACGUUUUGAUAGCCGUUAGACUAAGAGCAGUUACCAUCGUAGUGUAUGUUGUUGCCACCAUGUUGACAGUAUAUGAACGAAUUCGUGCUGUUGGUGAACAGAAAUUUGAUGGCAGUAGUAAGGUGUUUAUCUCAGAUGAACGACAAGGCGGCUAUGCCACUUCUCCGUUCCGAGGAGGGGUGGGUUAAGAAAGGUUGAUCCUAAAAAUUGCACAUACCGACUUACCUUGUGUUGGUGUGUAGCCGGUGGUAAAAUCCACGUAAGGACAAACCUCAGACUGUGUUUGGCCAACCUCAAGAAGUCAUCCCCUGGGCUCUGCAGUCACCCAACACUAAUUUUUCUUCCGUUUUACAUGUUUCAAGAAGAAAUCAGCCAGGAAGUAAUAACCUCACACAAGUAUUUCGAUAUGCAUGCAAAGCUUUUCUGAUCAUUCACCGUUAAGGUUUGUUUUCAGUUGUUUAAUGGUAGAUCUUUUCAAGUUGGCUUUUGAUGUACGUUGAGUAAAACAAAAGAAAUAGCUACUUGCUGUUAAAAUCACUUUGGAUAGCAAACAUCAAAGCAGUAUUCAUCAAUAAUCUUCAAGUUUACAUUCAAUCUGCGUAACUAAUCUUCCUUGGGAAGUACCAUUUGAAUCAGUCACCGAUUUAGUAUGGAUUGGUUCUGGUGCACAAGGUGUAGUUUUCCGUGGCUACUUUCGUGGUGAAUUAAUCGCUGUGAAAAAAGUGAAUAAACAAUCAGAUACAGAUAUUCGUCAUCUACGAUAUUUAAAUCAUCCGAAUGUAAUUAAAUUUAGAGGGGUUUGCGUAGAACAACCAUGUUAUUGUAUACUUAUGGAGUAUUGUCCAUAUGGUCAGCUGUAUGAAUUAAUUCAUUCAGGCAAUCCUAUAUCACCAACGUUAAUCUAUGCAUGGAUUAAACAGAUUGCUGAUGGUAUGCAUUAUUUACAUUCUUGUAAAAUUAUUCAUCGUGAUCUAAAAUCUCCAAACGUUUUAGUUGGUUAUGAUCAUAUCUUGAAAAUAUCUGAUUUCGGUGCAUCUCGUGAAUGGACAGAAAAUUCUACUAAGAUGUCUUUUACAGGUACAGUAGCUUGGAUGGCACCUGAAAUAAUACGUAAUGAACCAUGCUCAUUCAAAGUUGAUGUAUGGUCUUAUGGUGUACUUUUAUGGGAGUUAUUAACGGGUGAAGUACCCUAUCACAAUGUCGAUUCAACCGCUAUUUUAUGGGGAGUUGGUAGUGAACAUCUUCGGUUACCAGUCCCAAUGACAUGUCCUACUGAAUUACGUGUACUUAUGAAAACAUGCUGGAAUAUUAAACCUGGGAAUCGUCCUAGUUUUCGUCAAAUCCUUUCACACUUAAAUGCCACUUGUUCAAGUUUACUACAGUAUACAGAUGAUGAAUUUAAUUCCCUACGUCAGUUAUGGAAAGAAGAAAUCGCUAUCUACCUAGAAGAUAUUCGACUUGAGGGUCAAUGCACUCCUAAACUUGAAUUAAUGUUAAUCCGUCGUCGACGUGAAGAGCUAUGCCAUGCACAAGAUAUACGUCGUUGUUAUGAUGAUAAACGUGAGAGAGCUAAUGAAUUAUGUAUGGAAUUACAAACAUUGUUAAUGGAAUGUGAAGAAGAGAAAAGAAAAGCGGAAAGAGAACGUCUUUAUUAUGAAACUUUAAUCCGGGAAUUGGAUAUUAGUCACCAAGAGCAGCAACGAAAACAUCAAGAAGUCCAAAAAAGUCAUUUUGAUGCACAAAAAGAUGGAAGUGGAAUUUUUAAUGAAAGCGGCAGGAUAUUGAAAUUUGCUGAUCUUGAUUAUAAUAACAAUAAUAAUAAUAAUGCUAAUCGGAAACAGUUUUCGUUUUCCACUCUGUCCACCUUUUCACUAGGACCACAAUCUUUGUCCUUACCAGUUAAAGACAAUACAAACGGAUUUUUACCCACUCUUAAAAUUACUACUAAUAAUAGUAGGGAUACUACGUAUGGGACAAGAAAUCUAAGCAAUAGAAGUAUUGUCGGUAGUAUGGAAUUGUUAAGAAAUCCCUACACUUUAUCAAAUAUAUACCAAAGUAGUAUGAUUAAAAGUUAUCCUAAUAAACCAUUUAACAUUGAACAACUAAUUAAAAAGAAUAAGAAAAAGAAUUAUCAGCGCAUGUUGUACAACAACAACAACGCUUUCAAUGAUCUUUUCAGUAAUAAUAAAUCUGUCUGUCCAUUCUGUGGUAAUGUAUAUUCCAAUGUGGAUCACUUGAACACCACUUUGUAUUAUAAUCAGCGUAGAGCAUUUACACUUUCUAUGUUAGAAUAUGAAUUUUUGAAAACAAAGAAGAAAUUGGAUCUAGAUGGAACGACGACAACAACAUUCUCACCAUUUAUUGUUGAUGAUGCUUUGAAUGGUUUGCAGUUAUCUAGUCCAUUGAUUUGCAGUACAAGAAAACAGUUUGCAAGUACUAAUAGUAUACACUUCCUUGUUCCUCCUCCACCUGCCUAUGACACCAUAAUGAAAAGUCCCAAUAUGUAUAAAUGUCAUCAAUAUGCUGCAUCACCAACAGCUCCACCAGCGACGUUAUCAUCGUCGUCAUCAGCAACAGUUACUAAUGGUACUUCGAAUACUACAACUUAUGCAUGCUUGAUUAAUCAACAAGAUUAUGGUGAUUAUAAAUCCAUUAAACAACAUAAACGUUAUCGGCAAACCAAUUUGACGGCUAACCGUCUUCAUACAGUCACUUCAUCAUCAUCAUUAUCAAUGUCAUUGUCACCAGUAAUGUCAGUAAAUUAUCGAAUUAAAACUGCUACAACAACAACAAAUACUUCUACUACUGACGCAAUGAUGACAACCACUGCCACUUGUGUCAAUAAAAAAAAUACCAACACCUCACUUUCAAUAAGUAAUAAUAAUAAAAUCCAUUCUAGUGUCCUUUUAAAUCCACUCAUUAAUUUCUUACCUAUCAAUGAUGAUGCACAAUCAAAAAUUCAGAAAAAAUAUAAACAUUUAUCUGUUGUAUCGCCAUCACCAUCUACCUUUUCAUCGAAUUAUUCACCAGUUGAUACAGUUAAGAUGAAUAAACGGAAAUUUGAUGAUACUAAUGAUUUAUUGAAUCCAUAUUCAAAUUUCUCAACACAUGAUGAUGGUAUAAAAUUAUCAAAAUUACAACAACCAGUACAUAAUCACGAUGAUAACUGUAAUAUGAACCAUGUGAAAUUAAAUCAUUACACUUUCAACUAUCCAUUACAAUCCUCAUUUAGUCAUGAUUCAUUAUUACAAUUCUACAAUCUGAAGAAAUCACAAUUUGCCUACAACACUGAAAAUGAACACUGUUCAGGAUUAAAACGUAAAGUUUUUCAUCAUCUUAGCAAAGCUUCCUCAUGUCAAUCGAUUAGAUCAUGCAUUACUCCACAUACAAAUAUAUAUGACUAUUACAACAAAUCAUCAUCUGAUUAUGUAUUAUCAUCACCUCAGCUAUCAUCUUCAUCAAUGUGUGAUCUGAGAAAUGUUCACUUCACCUGGGAAGAUUUAUAUAGUUAUCAUAUUACUAGUGGUAUUAAUAAUAAGUACCCGGCAAGUCAAUCUGAAAUAAGCGGAUUCAGUCAAAAGACAGUGAUUCAAAAUAUACCCACUUCAUCAUCAUCAUCAACUGAUCAUGCUAGUCAAGCUUCAAAAGUCAAUAAUUUUCUCAAUGAAAGCUAUUGCUUCAUUAGGCUAUACGGUUGAUAACUGACUACUGGUUUCCGUGUCUUAAAACCGAGGUUAUGGCAACUGCUAUGCAUUAUCAGGUGCAUCCAUACGGUUUAUGCGUCUAAUUGCAAAGCUAAUGCAGACUGACAGACUGAUUUGGUCUCAUCGUGAUAUUUUGCACAAAAAGCACCAGUUUAAGUUGCUAAACUCCAGGUAGUACGCAAAGGUAGAGAAAACAGCAGAAAAAUUCAAAAUAACUACUGUGGUGAGAGCAGGCCGUGAGAAAAUAUGAACAAG